AUGCAUUCCUCAACGCUUCUCCUCGCCCUGCUCGGGACUGCGGCUUCGGUUGCAAGCGCCGACCUUGCAGGCCAACUGUCAGGGCCCAUUGCUAUUGUACAAAACGUCAUCACCAUCGCAAUGCCGCCCACCGGGGACAAGGCUCUGGGCCGUCGAAGCGACCGGUCGUGCUCCGAUUCUGCCAAGAAGGUCUUUUCGAAAAUCUCGAGCGGCAUGAGCCCUCUCCUGGAGCCGACAUUUACCUCCAAGUUAUCGUCGUACCUGUCCGAACACCCGGAGAUCACCACCGCCCCGAGCGGCGACAUGUGCUCGGCCACGGGCGGGCCAAGCAUCACAGGCCCAUUGGGGUCCGAGGUAACCAAAAUCGGAAGCUCCAUGGCCGCUCUUUGGUCAAGCAUCACUCCCGAUGUACAAUCCAUGUGGUCCGAAUGCUCUACUGUUGAGGGGAUCUCGUCCGCAUUGGCCGACGUCUGCCCGUCAAUGCUGGCCGACAUUACGGGGAAGCCAAAGGGCGCGACACAGACACAAAAAGGUGCUGCGCCAAGGGAGACGGGCGCCAUCAAGGUGGCUCUGGGCGUUGCCGGGAUCGCCUUGGCCGCCCUCAACUAG